UCAUCAUUGACAUUUGUAACCGUUAUUGGAGAAAUGUCAUGUAAAUUUGAACGAGUUUCUGCUGUUAGUGUUUGAAUAAAUAAAAUUAACUUGGGAAAAGUUUGAAAAGCUGAUAUUAUUAACAUCAUAAAAGAUUGAGGUUUUCGCGUUUUUGCCUAGGUAUCCAAUUAAAAUGCCGAGGACCAGACAAGUAGUAAAAAAUCAGGAUGUAACUCACAAGGAAUCUUUACUUCCUGAAAAAAGAGAGCUUCCUGUGGAAAUGUUUCAAACCUAUAAAGAAAUAUAUGAAAAGACAAGACAAGAAUUGGUAAACCAAAAAAAAAUACAAAUUGUAAAUAUCAAGUUAAUGAUGAAACAAACAAGACUGGCAAUUCCCAUAACUGCAAGAAACAAAACUUCAAAAGAAUUGAGAGAAAAGAAAAUGAAUUGGAAUACAAUUUCUUCUUUGAAUCACUGCUCUGUUCUCAAUAGUAUAGUACACACAGAAGAUCCUUAUGUUAAGAAGAAAUCCUCAGAUGAUGGGUAUCUGACAUCUGACUCAGCAACUGAAAAUUCAGGUGGAAGGAGAAAGACUAGAUCUUCAAGCAGGACUAGAUCAUCCAGCUCAGGAUCCAAUAGAACCUCCCGAUCAAUGAUGAGGAAUAUACCAUCUGUAACUUCAACUGCAAUAAAGUCAAAUAGGAAAUCUAGGUCUGCGUCAAGGACUAACACUAUCAGUAGAAAGAUCCAGAACAAAUUCACAACUCCAAUAAAUAACAAGAAAUUAGAAAACUUCGGAAUGGUCACCCCCAAGAUGAAACCAAACACCCCCUCUGUUGUUUUGAGGCGGCCACAACAAGGAGAAAUUGCAAUUUCUCUCAGUGGAAGUCCAUUGAUGACAACUGCUAUGGUAUCAGAGACAACGGCAAAUGUUAACAUACCUCUAGCCGAUGGCAGAAUGAUUAAUAUCCAACCAAUGAGAGGUAUAAGACAAUCACAAAUUCCUGAUUUAGAUCCAGAAAUCCAAAAACAAUUAAGGACCUUGAGAGACAAUUUGGAUAAAGUUUGUCAAUAUUCCAAAAUAAAAUAGGGACAUUUUUUAAAGAUGCAGGUUUGCGAAUCUUGUGACUCAUUUUGUGUGUUCUCCACAGUUGAUUGUUAUAUAUGGUUAUCUUUGUAUGAACAUUUGUAUUAUUUUCUCAUGACGUAUUCAUUGUGUAUUUUUACCCAUUAUAAGAUUUUAAGGGAAAUGAUUGUUUUUUAUAUUUGCUGAGAGCGUUUAACAGAUUUUCCAUAAUAUAAUAGCACAAGUUUCAAUUGUACUGGAUUAGUGAUACGAAGAUCAAACCGAUAAUAUUCUGCUAACUUCAACUGGAGGUUUCACAAAGCUCAUUGGUUUCAAUUUUGAA